UAAAUGGACCGCUGCCCCAAGAGCUGGGUAAUAUGAGCAACCUUGUAGAAUUGGAUGUUUCUGACAAUAGGUUGUCGGGAGUCAUUCCUACUACAUUGGGGGAAUGCACAAUGCUAGAGCGUCUUGAUCUGGGAAACAACCUCUUUGAAGGAAGCAUCCCUUCCUCUCUCAGUGCUUUAAAAAGCUUUCAACUUCUUGACCUAGGAAGGAACAAGUUAUCUGGUCAAAUUCUGAAGUACCACAGAACUUCACUCUCCUACAGGAUCUAAACUUAUCAUUCAAUAACCUCGAAGGAGAAGUACCGCAUGAUGGGUUAUUUCGGAAUGUCAGUGUUAUAACAGUUACUGGGAACAGCCGCCUCUGUGGGGGUACAGAGGAACUAGGACUACCUCCAUGCAAAAUCCACAGAAAGAAGAAGCAGAGAACUCUUAAAUUAGUGAUUCCAUAGACCGUUUUGUGCUUCCUCCUUUUAGCGUGCUUCGUGAUUAGUCUGACCAGGCCGAGGAAAUCUGGAAGGAAACGAUCUUCAGAACCAUCCAUCAAAGAACACUUUCCAAAAGUUUCGUAUCUUCAGAUCCAGCAAGCCACCGAUAACUUCUCAUCUUCGAAUUUGAUUGGAGAAGGAAGUUAUGGCUCUGUGUACAAAGGAAUUCUUGGAGAAGAAAGGAUGAUGGUAGCAGUCAAGGUACUCAAUCUCAGACGAAAGGGAGCUUUCAAGAGUUUCAUUGCAGAAUGCGAGGCAUUGCGAAGUGUCCGUCACCGCAAUCUCGUCAAGAUCAUCACCACAUGCUCAAGCAUUGACUUUCAGUGUGCCAAUUUCAAAGCUCUAGUGUAUGAGUUUAUGCACAAUGGAAGUUUGGACGAGUGGUUGCACCAAAAAGAAGAUCAACCUGAAGUAACAAAGUCUGAAGUCCGACCUGAUUUGAGGAAUCUUAGCCUUGUCCAAAGACUGAAUGCAGCCCUUGAUAUGGCCUUGGCAAUCGACUAUCUUCACAACCAAUGCGAAACUUCAGUAGUUCACGGUGAUUUAAAGCCGAGCAACUUUCUGUUUGAUCAUGAUAUGACAGCUCAUCUAGGAGAUUUUGGGCUAGCAAAAUUUCUACCAAGUGCCUUACCAGAUAACUGCUCACCGAAUCAAAGCAGCUCAACAGGAGUGAAGGGAACAGUCGGCUAUGUUCCUCCAGAGUAUGGCAUGGGUGGCAAAGCAUCCAUGCCUGGAGAUGUCUACAGUUUCGGAGUUCUGCUACUGGAGAUGUUCACUGGAAAACGCCCUACAGAUGGCAUGUUUAAGGAUGGGAUGACCCUCCAAGAAUAUGCUAAGAUAGCUUUGCAUGGAAGAGUGGAAGAGAUUGUUGAACCUUCACUGCUACAAGAAGCACAAGCUCAUCGGAGUCACAGAGAGAUUGUUGAGAGCAGCAGAGCCCAUUUUGAUGAAGAAUAUGUCGAGAGCAGUAGAGCCACAACGAGCAAAAUCGAUUGCUUGAUUGCUCUCUUCAGGCUUGGAGUCCUAUGCUCAAUGGAAAGUCCUAAUGAGCGCAUGAAGAUGAAAGAUGUUGUGACAGAACUUUCUGAAAUCAGGGCAAAGUUCCUUGGCUAGAGAACACGUACGAUCAUGAUGCACGGUUCCUACAGCUUGACUAAGAGUAGCCUUCAGUUCUUGGCUAAGCAACAAUUGCAUCAGAGAUUUCACCAUAGCGAGUACCUUUGUGACUACUGUACUAUUUAUGAUAAUAUAUGGCGGAGUGCACUCGUUCCUUGGUGGCUUCUUCAACGUUGCCCACUUUAUCUAUCCCCUUCCUUUAGAUUUGCC